ACAGUUUGGUUGGAACGCGUUAGUGUAUUUUUGCGCGAUGCUGAGAUAAAUAGAAAUAAAAGUAAUUUACAAAUAAAACCAUUUCUCUUCAACCAUGGCCACCUACUCCAACCAGCAUUGGCUGCUCUCCCACAUCCGCAACUCCUUCAUCUCCACCGACGACACCGGGAUGUGCGAGACCGUGAUGCUGAGCGAUGACAUGCCAAAGCAUUAUUUGAGAAAAUUCAACUCAUCGGCUGGGGCGGAAUCCCAUAGGCGUAGGCCGUUGAAGCCACCGCUAGCCAGCGCUGCAACGGACAGGAAUAUACGGCAUCCGGACGCGCCAAUGCAGGAAGUAGACUUUGUAUGUUACCCCGGCCUGGAUCUGAGCGACGAUGAGGAGGACAUGUCCACGCAUUCGUUCGACAUUCAGAUGUACCCCGAGGUGGGGGCCCACCGUUUUCGGUCCAACACGGCCCAAAAGCUGGAGAAACUGGACAUUGCCAAGCGGAGGGCGGCGCGCAUCAAGAGCAUCAACUACAACGAGGAAGUGCAGCCGCCCGACGACAAAGAUUUCUUCAAGCGCAAGGAAAUACCAAAUAUAAAGCCAGGCAUCCCAAAGGAGAAAAAGGCGAACGACGAUGAGCUAUCCGACGAGGGCGUUCAGAGCAUGCUGACGGAACAACUGGCGAAUAGCCCCAAACAGACUCAGAACAAGUUCAUCGAUUUCGCCCGCUUCGAUGGCACCGCCCAGGUGGGCAUGCAGACGAAGCGCAUCAAUGUCUAUCUAAGCAUGCUGCCAGAGCCAGACCGCAACUAUCCCCUCAAGGUCUGCGUGCUGUCCACUGCCAAGAUCCAGGAGGUGAUUGGCUUCGUUUGCUAUAAGACCUCCCAGCAGUAUCCAGACGUGCCUCUGAAGUCGUUGCAGCACUAUGGCCUCUACAUGACCGAGGACAACGACGACAUGGAAGACUUCCCGCCUCUAGACAAUCGCGAGCCCUGCUCCAAGUUUGGAUUCUCGCACCUGACCCUCGCAGAGCGGCGACCCCUGGCGCCCGUCACCAGGGUGGACUACCCCGGACAGCUGGGCACCAAAUCUAUGACCUCCGAGGAUGAUAAGGCCACUUUGGCCGAAGCAGCGGUAAGGGCUCUGAAGGACAUUACGUUAAAUGGAGGAGGAGCCGAUCCAGGGGGAGGAGCAGCCGGAGGCGGCGACGAGAGUCCGCACGACAAUGUCAAGGAGUACGAAAAGCGUCUGCUCAAUCACAACGAUAUGCUGGAGGCGCCCAUGCAUCGCUCCUUCCGCCUCAACAUCAUCGACAAGCGUUUCUUCAAGUCUGACGUCACGCUUGGCAUCUCCGGCGAGCGGAUCGAGAUCGACCAGUACAAGAAUGCCAAGUUCUGGCCACAGAAGAAGCCCGUUUCCACGCCCAUUGAUGCCGUGGCCCAUUGCGAGAUUGUGGAGCGGCGUCACCUGAAGGCCCUGCUUCGUAUCUGGCUAAAGUCCAAUUCCACCUCCUCCUCUAUGCCUUCCGGCUGCACCUCGGCGCCCAUUAAUGCCAGCGUGACCACGCUGAACACGGGCACGGGCAGCAGCAGUGCCGGAAUCGCCCACUCCCCAAGCAGUCCGGGAAACUCUUUCGGCUUCUUCAUGACCAGCAAUAUUCGAUUUAAGCACUAUGACUUCGAUACGGACACGCACACGGCCGAGCAGAUCCACGGCAAGCUCAACUGCAUCCUGGAGAUGCGUUCCAGCGAGCUGAGGCGAGAGUUCCUGCAGCAGCGCGAGCGCAAACUGGAGCGGCAGCAGGUAAAGAAGCAGCUCAAGUUGUAGUAUUUAUUCCUGUGGCGGCGUCUCCUGCAAGAAAAGCUGCUCGUGUGCCUAGCAAGCGGGCCUCUGUCUUCGCCAGGGCCACCGCCUCCUCCCACUUUGACUAAGCCUAAAUCGUACGCCUAAGCCUCCGCCUCCUGUUCGAUAAGUUCGUAUUAUGUAGUUGCUAACUAAAGAUUGUGUUACACAUGUUUAAAAUAGCCAGUAAGUAUUUAUUGAACUCAACUAACUACGAAAGCCCGAUCCUGAAAAUAAACAAACGCAUUAAAGUUC